AAAAGUGAAAAGCAGAGCAAAUUUUCCCGCGAGAUUGGGUGGAGUGACAGAGAGAAAUGUCCGGCGGCGAACAACAGCAAGUAGCGCAGUCAGUGGCGGACGAGCAGUCGCUGAGGGUAGCCGUCGCCAUCUCUCUUCUCCGAUCAAAACUUCUCCAAAAUCAGCCCCUUCCUCCUCCUCCACCCUCUGUCGAUCAAUCCGACGCUCUCCGAUGGAAGCGAAAGGCCAAGGAGCGAAAGCUCGAGCUUUUGAGACUCCGGCAGGAUCUCAACGAAGCUGAAGACGCUUCGCAGUGCGACUUGUUCCCGGAGAGCGCUUCCUGCAAGUGUUAUUUCUUCGAUGAUUUGGGGAAAUUAAGCCCUAGCAAGCGGCUUCCAGAUCCCUCUCAAUGCAGAUUCAAUGACGUCUUGCGACGCAGAUUUCUUCGACACGUGCGUUUCAAGGAAAGGAGAAGAAGAAGGACAAGCGGAUCGUCCCAGCGCCGCCAUUUCUCAGACACAAACAGUGAAGAUGAAAUGGAGCAGCUUAGAGCUUCGAUCGAUUUUCUUGUGGAGCUUUGUGAAACCGAUUCUCCUGUAGACGAUGCUAAUUUUGUGAACUGGUCACACCAAGCUGUAGAUUUUAUUCUAGCUUCAUUGAAGAAUCUGUUAUCCACGGGAAAUAAUGUGGAACUCAUAGAAGGAAUUAUCAACAGCUUAAUCACGCGUUUGGUUAGACGAAUGUGUUUCCCGUUGCAGGGAAAUGGAUCAGAACACUCUGAAUCUGAGGCUCAGUUUUUCGUUCAGCAUUUGAUCCGAAAGCUUGGAAGCGAGCCUUAUGUUGGACAACGUGCAUUAUUCGCAGUUUCUCAGAGAAUUUCUGUCCUGGCGGAAAAUUUCCUCUCCAAAGAUCCAUUUGAUGAUGCUUUUACAAACAUGCAUCAAUGCAUGUUCAUACUGAUCCAGCUUACUGAGUUUUUGGUAUCCGAUUACUUAUCUGAAUGGUCAAAGGACGAAGGUUUCAACACCAUGCUGUUUGAAGAGUGGGUGGCAUCAGUUCUUCAAGCACGUAAAGCAUUAGAAGUUUUGGAGAGCAGAAACGGGCUUUAUGUGAUGUACAUGGAUCGAGUGGUAGGCGAAUUGGCAAGACUCGUGGGCCAAAAUAUGUCCCUGCAGAAGCUCAAUCGUGAAGUUCUUGACAAUCUGUUUCACUAAACCUCAUCUCUGCAAAUUAUUUUACGAAUUAAUUUUCUUUUGGAACUUUGUCAAUUCGCAGCAGAUAUCUUUUAAAUUUCUUAAAAGGUUGAGAUUUAUGUUAAUUGAGGGAAACCUCUCUAGGUAGAAUUGGCGGGAGUCAGCAUGCUUUUGUGAGAGGUGUCAAUACGUGUGGGUGCUGAUGAUGAUAUUUCCUAGUCAAGUUCCUUUCCGACAAUAACGAGACUGCAUUUUUUGUACCGCAUGCGAGCACGGGCAUCCGUGUGAAUUGAUAUGAGUUGGAUUUGAGACU